AUGACAUGUGAUAGGGUCAUUUUAGGUAUUAUACCUCAUCUUAAAAAUGGAGAAGUUGUUGAUUUAUAUGUGACACAUUUGGUUGAUGAGGCUAAUAUGGUCCUAGCUAUUGAAUAUGACCCCCAUAUGGGAGGAGAAUCUUUUCCUACUACUUUUGAUAAAGAGUUAGGUCAAGACUUAGGAAAAUGUGAUAAUUUAGGGUUUGAAGAGGGCUUUGUAAAAGCUGCGGCACCUUAUAAACCUACUGUUAGUAAAAACCUGCGUGGUGAUUGUACUAUAGCUAGGGGUGAAGACCUAGAUGCUGGUGAUGACUUUUCUUCUAUUGGUAAGGAUUUAGGUAGUUGUGGUGAUGUUUUUGCUAUUGGUGAGGAAUUAGGUGAUGGUGGUGUUGCUACAUGGGGUGAGAACUUUGGUAGUGGUGGUAGUGAUUUUUUUGCUACUGGUGGGGACUUGGGUGAUAUUGGUGUUGAUGUUUCUACAAUUGGUGGGGACUUGGGUGAUGGUGGUGUUGUUGCUAGGGGUGAGAACUUAGGUAGUUGUGGUAGUGGUUUUUCUGCUACGUGUGGGUACUUUGGUGAUAAUGGUGUUGCUGUUAGGGGUGAGGACUUAGGUGGCACUGGUGGUAGUGCUAGGAGUGAUGAUUUGGGUGGUGUUAAUACUAUUUCUACAACUGGUGGAUCUUGGGCUGCAGCAGCAGCUGCUACUGGUACCACAAGCAAAGGGAGAGGAUCAACUGUAACAACUGCAGCAUUAUCUGCUACUGGUACUACUAGUAAAGGGAGAGAAUCAGUUGCAGCAAUUGUAGCAAUAACUUCUAUUGGUACUACUAGUAGAGGCAGAGGAUCAGCUGCAGCAACUGUUGCUACUAUAGGUAUUGGUGGAGCUAGUAGAGGUAGAGGAGUUAAUGCUGCAGUUGUUGGUGAAGUUGGUAGAGGCAGAGGAGUUAAUUCUGCAGUUGUUGAUGAAGCUGGUAGAGGCAGAUGA